GGUCCCAAAGGCCUGGCACUUCAUGCCACAGAGCCGGGCCCCGGAUAGAUGCAGAGGAAAAAGGCAGAAGGCCCUUCCACUUCUGCUCCCCGGUCGGCGGAGCCACGGCUGGCCCAGCGAGGGGGGCCGGGGCGCGUUGCUUGGCGGAAGCCGAGUGUGUGAGUUCUGACCUGCCAGCCACACCUGCGGUUCCGCAUGCAGCCCGAGUCCACGCGGGCGCUGUGCCACGUGGCUGUGGCCAGCUGCUUCUGCCUGGCCGUCGUCUACGCGGGGGUUUUCGACGGCGUCUCCAUUCAAGUGGGCUACGAACACUACGCUGAAGCCCCGGUCGCCGGCCUCCCCGUCUUCCUGGCCAUGCCCUUCAACUCACUCGUUAACGUGGCCUACGUGCUCCUGGGGGUGUACUGGCUGCGGAGGAAGGCGGUUCCCCUGGGGCACCCCGUGCACGCGCGGAGGGCUCGCUACCUGAAGGACGUGUUCGCCGCCAUGGCCCUGGUGUACGGCCCGGUGCAGUGGCUGCGGGUCGCCACGCAGACGCACCGCGCCGCUGUGCUGGACCAGUGGCUCACGUUGCCCAUCUUCGCGUGGCCCGCGGCCUGGUGCCUCUCCCUGGACACGGGCUGGAGGCCCGGCCUGUUCCUGGCCAUCGAGGGCCUCUCCCUCGGCAGUUACGGCCUCGCCUGGCUGCACCCCUGCGGCUUUGACGCCGCGCUGGCUGCACACAUCGCGGCGGCCGUGGGCCGGGCCCUGCACGCUCACGGGCGCCACGGCGGCGCCUCCUCGGGAAGGCACUUGGCGCUGGGCGUGCUGUCCUGCGCGGGCUUCGUGGUCCUCAAGCUGUGUGACCACCAGCUCGCUCGGUGGCGUCUCUUCCAGCGGCUCACGGGCCACUUCUGGUCCAAAGUGUGUGACGUGCUCCAGUUCCACUGCGCCUUCUUGUUUCUGACCGGUUUAAACACCGGCCGGAGACUUCCUCCGCAUGGGAAGGCACGUUAAAGCGCGGAGAGAAGCCGCUUCCAGCCACCGAUCGCCGCCGUGUCGCCGGCGUGAAAUUUCCUUCCCGGGUGUGACAGAUGCGAGGGCUCCGUGGAGGGCCGUCCCUUCCUCCGAAGCCACGGGCUUCGGUAUUUAGGGGUGAGAUGUUAUGCUGUGUGCCACUUACUUUCAAAGAGAUAAAGCAAAUAGCUAAGUGCAGGGGGUUCAGGGACUCAUUGUCCUGCUCUUGUAACUCUU